AAGGAAUUAAUGCUCAGGAUAAAGGAAGGGAUUUAAUAGGAGAUAAAAGUUUAAAAUUUACAUGAUUUUAUUUUUCAACAUCCAAAGGGCUAGUAACAUAGAAAUUAUAUGUCGAUCGCUGAUCACUAAACUUCUAUCCCCUUGCCUCUUUCACCUGUUGUUCCCAUAGCAACCUGUUCCGUGUAAACAACACAAUUAUAUCGAAAUGUUAUUGUCGUACUAAAUAAUAUAAAAAAUAAUAUUAAAAUGUCACUAUUUUUCGAUACAAAAGUGCAAUUUGUUGACAAUGACACAGUCAGCACAAUUGUUGUUUUCCAUCCGUUCGAGUCAAUAUUUGCUGUGGCUGGAUAUGGCGAUAAUCGAGGAGGAACUGUGACAAUUUUUGAUGAAUCGGGAGAACCAUUAAAAGACAUCCACUAUCCAAACCAUCAAGUGAGUCAAGCAACGUCGCUAUGCUUUCAUCCGCAAAAACAAAUGCUCAUUUCUGGAUGGGAGAAUGGUGAGAUUCAUGUAUGGAUUAGCGGCAAAAGAGAAUUUAUGUCAAUUCAAGGUUCUGGAUACCAUAAAUCUCCGGUUAUGCUCGUUGAAUUUAGUGAGCAAGGUGGACGACUUGUUACUGCUGAUUCUAAUGGAACAAUGACUGGCUGGAGAUGUGACAAUCAAGGGCAGUUCUUAACAAUGUUUAGUCACGACCUUCGAGAUCCACUCCUGCACAUCACAUUCCGUCGAACUGUUGAAAAUUCAACAACUACAGAAUUAAUGAAUCUUGCGAAAUUGGCAGUUGCCGGUGACCAAGUUGCACUCGAUACUAUCACAACAUGGCGUCCGAAGACAGCUGUACGAAAUUUAUCACAUGCUGGUGUUAAGGAUAAUCAUUGCUUUUAUGUUGGCUCACAAUCUGGUGUGUUGUUUUAUGUAAAUCAAUCAGGAACGUGUACUGAGGUUUUACGUACGGAAUCUCCAAUAAUUCAAAUUCUGUUCCAUCCAAAACGUGAAGCUCUUGUGACUUUGAUGGAGGAUAUGACAAUUUCUCAUUAUUUAGUUGAGAACUCUGGAAAUUUGACAGAAUUAGAUCGUGUAAAGUUGUCGAGUAAAAUCUCUGGAUAUGAUGGAAAUAUUUCGUGGGCUGGAAAUGCACUGGCUAUAAUAACUGGAGAUCUGACUGUGCGAAUAUUGGAUAUUGACACAAGUGAAAAUUUCUUACUCCCCACAGACCACUCAACAUUCUUGUCAAAAGCAACGACAAAAGGUCCACAUUCAGAAAUUUUUACAGCCAUCAGCUACUGCACACAAAAUCAAAAGCUUUGCGGCUCAACAAAUCAAGGAGCUAUUUAUAUUUGGAAAAAGACAUUGUUUAAGUCAGACGCUGAGAGUGAAUGGCAAUUGACCGACAUUUCAAAGGUUCGAGGAUCAAUAAAACAAUGUAUUUGGGGAAAUAUUGGAGCUGAUCCGUGCAUUGUCGUCAAUUGUGUAUCGAAUGUUUACAUACUCAAAGAGCAGCCUCUGAUGAGCUAUCAUACAAGAGAAUUAUGGGCAAUACAAAGAGCAUCAAAUCAAAUUCUCAUCGUACAGCAACAACAAAAUGUUCAGCAACAAUUUACUGUCAAUUGUGACGUGUCAAUAACAAAUGUCUGUUUAAAUGACUUACACUUGAUACUAACAAAUGGAAAGACCGUGAUGCUAUAUAAAAUACAAAAGACAUCACAUCAAAUUGACAACAUCACAACAAACAAUGACUUGAUGUUGAGUGAUAAUUUAACUGCUCGAUUCCUCUCGAGCUUCUCCUGUGAGAUUUUUCAAAUUUUCAUCUACAAUGAAAAUGUAAUUUGCAUUAAUCAACAGUCGGUGAUUGUGAUGUCACUGAAUGGCGUGAAGCUACAAGAGCACUCAUUUACCGAGCAUGAUGGAAAGAUUCUUGGUGCGGAAUUGACAAAUAAAUAUUUAACAAUAACAACUAUGAAUGGAUUCAUUAAAAUUUAUGACAUAUCACGUCAUGAGCUCAAACUUAUUAUCCCUGCUAAAAGUGCAUAUGAUUUAUUUGACAGCUUUGGUGAAAUUAUAGCAGCAAAAGCAAAUUGUGACGGGACACUUUGUGCAAUUACGAUUGCAAAUGAUAAUUUAGUGCCUGAUGGAAAGUUGUAUGUAUGGCGACUCGAGACAGACACUGUUAUAUUUUAUGACUUUGUUCAAUUGCCAAGAUUGCCGAUUUCAUUUUGUUGGGACACAGAUGAUCCACGUCUGGUGUCAUGUGAGGCAAAGUUAAUAACAAAAUCGAGCAAAAAGAGUUCAGACACAAAUGUGUCUAUGGCUGAAUCUCAAGUCUACAUCAUGUUUCCAACAAACACUUCAAUUCUUGAAAUUGAGGUCAUCGACCUGACAACAAAUGAAAAUUUAAUUAACUUAUGUGCUCCAAACUUAAUAACACUCAAAACAGGCGUUAUGGAGCACAAAUGCUUGAGAAAUUUUAUUGGACUGGAAAACAUUGAUGCGGCAACAAGAAAAAUGAUUCUUGAUUUUAGUCUCAAUGUCGCCCAAGGGAAUCUUGACCAAGCAUUUUCCUGUAUUAGAUCACUUAAAUCUGAUGCCAUUUGGAACAACUUGGCAAAAAUGUGCGUGCAAACAAAACGUCUUGAUGUGGCACAGAUUUGUCUCGGACACUUAAGGAAAGCAAGGUCGGUGAGAGCUAUCCGGAAGGCAAUAAACGAUCCGUCAUUGGAAGAGGAAGCAAAAACAGCUGUUUUGGCAAUUGAAUUGGGUAUGAUUGAGGAAGCUGAGAAUCUUUAUAAAAAGUGUGGGCGGUUUGAUCUGUUAAACAAGUUGUUACAAAAUUGUGGACGCUUUGAAGAGGCUUUGAAAAUCGCUGAACACGACCGCGUUCAUCUGAAAAAUACUCGAAUGAAAUACGCCCACUGGCUGAGUGAAAAUGGUCACACAGCAGAGUCUCUUAAAAUGUAUCAAAUGACUAACGAUCCAGUUCACAACAUAACUCAGCUUUUAAUGGAAGAUCCAAAUGCUCUACGAAAAUACAUGCAAUCCACAACAGAUCCAGAAAUGUUAAAAUGGUACGCUCAAUAUAUUGAGAGCACAGGUGACAUGGAAUCGGCUUUUAAGAUUUACCAAAAGUCUGAGGAUUACUUUAGUCAGGUGAGGAUUUUGUGCUUUUUGGGACAGAUAUCUAAAGCCGACUCAGUAGCGCGUAGUUCUGGAGACAAAUCUGCAUGUUACCAUUUGGCAAGACAGUAUGAGAGCAUUGGAAAAUUUCAUGAUGCUAUUCAGUUCUACACGAAAGCACAGACGUAUGGAAAUGCUAUAAGAAUUUGCAAGGAAAAUGACUUUCAAGAUGAAUUGUGGAAUGUGGCAAUUGUGGCAAAUAAAAAGGAUAAAAUAAAUUCAGCUGUUUAUUUUGAGGAAGUUGGUGAUUAUAAACGAGCAGUUGAACUUUAUCAUCGUUCUGGAUUCAUCCACAAAGCAAUUGAACUUGCAUUUUCAUCUCAACAGCCAGACAUUCUGCAAGUCAUUGCAUCGGAAUUGAAUGAAAAAUCCGAACCGGAAUUAGUCGAGAGAUGUGCUGAAUUCUUUCAAAGUAUCAAUCUCUUUCAAAAGGCAGUCAUGCUUCUCGCUAGUGCAAGACAAUUUGACAAUGCCUUAAAUGUUUGUUUCAAGCACGCCGUACCAAUGACUGAGAAUCUUGCUGAAGUUUUGACACCGCAAGCUAGUGACGAAAUCGAUGACGAUUUAAAGAAUGAAAUUUUAAUAAAAAUUGGAAGCUUAUUGCAAGAGCAAGGCGACUAUCAUUUGGCAACGAAAAAAUUCACACAAGCUGGUGAUAAAAUUAGAGCAAUGAAAAGUCUAUUAAAGUCAGGAGACACUGAGAAGAUUGUCUUUUUUGCCAGCAUGUCGCGUCAAAAGGAAAUUUAUAUUAUGGCUGGAAAUUAUCUACAGUCACUUGAUUGGCAAAAUGACCCGAAAAUUCUUAAGAACAUCACAACUUUUUAUACAAAGGGACAAGCCUACGAUUUACUGGCAAAUUUUCAUGUGGUUGCAGCACAAGCAGAGGUUGAUGACUAUAGAGAUUACGUAAAGGCACUAAAGUCACUUCAAGAUGCUGCAAAAUGUUUAUUAAAAAUUUCAUCAAAUCACAGUGCAUUGGAAACUUUACAGCAGUCAAUUUUGAUCACCAAGAAGGUCAUUGAAAUGCAGGACAUGAUUGAACGUAAGGAUUACUACUCAGUCAUUGGUGGAUGCAAAAAUCUUUUAAUGCAAAAAGAGCAAACACCAACAAGACAUUCAGACAUUCUUGGACUGCUUAUUGAGUCUCAAAUAUCAGUAAAACAAUAUCAAGAAGCAUUGGCAUCAUUAAAGGAACUAGCUAAUAGACAGCCUGAUUGGAGCACUCGUGAGAUAAUUGAUCGAGCUUUAAUUGAAAGAUUAGCAAAGGAAUUGGAUAUUGAUUUUAAUCAAUUGUGGAACAGCGGACGAAAGACUUUGAGGAAACAAGAGUCAGUUGAUGAGAGCGAUGACGAUGAUGAUGAAGAAGAGAUUGAAGAGAAUUUGAGAUCUGAAGACUAAAGUGAUAAGAAUUAAUUUUAAGGAUUUAUGUAGAUGUUUAGAUGAGCACCUAGCAAAUUUUAAAGGGUUUGAAUAAAACCUUUCUUUUGAGAAGUCAACUUCCCAACUGGCUUGACUUUAUCAACUAUUUAAUGUUAGUGUAUCACACAUACCUGUACCCCUACAAAAAGCCACAUGUGCUGCUUGAGAUUAAAAAGUAAAAAAUAAACACUGAAAAAAUUCACAUUUCC